AUGUCUUCCUCCAUGAGAGCCUUGAUCACCUCCGCCAUGUUGGCGGUGGCUCACGCUCAAGGUGUCAUCAUCAGUGCACAAGGCCCCAAGGGCCCAGCCAGUCUUAGCCUCCUAGUCGACCCGAAAAAGGCCGAUGCCAACAUCAUCAACCAGCAGGAGAUUGUUCAGAACGUCGUCAAUGAGUGCGGCCGUACCAUCCUCGCAGGAAACAUUGACAUUGGCGAGAACACGGAGAACCAGCUCGGCAACAACACCGUCACCAAGGUCACCAAGGGCUCCAACGUCGCCAUCACCAUCGCCAUGGUCAGCGCCGAGGGCGCCGGUCCCUACUCCUGCGACCUCGACCCGACUAGCAACGCCAACGGAGCUACCGGCCAGACCAAGCUCCAGGUCCAGGAGGCCAAGCCGCAGAACGGCAACAUCAAGCUCACCGUCACGAUGCCCAAGGACCUGGCCUGCGUAGGAGCCUCCACCGGAGACGUCUGCACCGUCCGCUGCUUCAACACCAACGCAAAGGGCCCCUUUGGCGGCUGCGUUGCCGUCCAGCAGACCGACACUACGCCUAAGAAAAACACUCCUGACAACAUCCCCACUGCCCAGACCCUCGAUGGCGUCCUUAGCCAGGUCCAGCAGAACAUUGUCGACCUCCCCGCUGCCGUCAAGUCGAACCAGGAGGCCAAGACCCAGGACGAGCAGGGUGUCACCGCCGUCAAGGAUAUCCUCGGCAACAACGCCACGACCAAGGCCGCCGGGCCCGCCGAGAAAGCCGGCAAGGGCAACGGCGGCGGCGGCGCGGCCACUGGAAAUGCCGGUAACGGCAAUGCCAAGGCUGGCAAGGGCGCCGGCAAGGGCAAUGGCAGGGGCAACGGCGGUGGUCGCCAGAACCAGAACAACAAGCGGGACACGCUCCGCGAGCGCCGCGUCAAGAGGAACGCCGAGCCCGCGGUCUAA